GUACCCACAUGAUUCAGUGAGCAGGAGAUUGUAAAGGAAGCCAUAAGCAGCAUUUCAACUGCAGCUGUUAGACGCUUCACGCGCAAGGAUAAAGCCAUCAUCACUUAUGUCCCCAUGACUACUUUCGGGGUCAUAAAUGCUAGAGAAUUAGCGCGAAAAGUAGUACACAACUGCAUACUUUGUUUCAGAUACAAGCCCAAAUUACUGAACCAAAUAAUUGGUGAUUUACCGUCAGACAGGUUGCGAUCGGUUCGACCAUUUCUUAUUUGUGGAGUUGAUUUCUGUGGUCCAGUUUAUACAACACAUAAAAUAAGAGGCCGACCUCCUUAUAAAAGCUACAUUGCCAUAUUCGUGUGCUUUAAUUCUAAAGCUGUACACAUAGAAUCUGUGUCUGAUUUAUCCACUAAUGCAGUUUUAUCUGUCUUUAAAAGGUUCGUCGGUCGUCGGGGAGUUUCGCGCGCACCUCAUUUUGGCGGACUGUGGGAAGCAGCCGUCAAGAGCGCCAAACACCGAAUGCUUCGCACAAUAGGCGACACCGCCCUAACGUUCGAGGAGCUCUCCACCGUACUCGUCGGCGUGGAGGCAAUUUUGAACUCUCGUCCAGUCGUAGGAUCAGACGAUCCCAACGACGGCGAAGCCAUAACGCCCGCACACUUAUUAAUAGGACAUAUUCAGAUCGCUGGGAGCGAGUAUCAUACCUGAAGGGAAGAUUCUGGUCAGAAUUCCAACGGGAUUACAUCCUGGGUCUUCAGACCAGAACGCGAUGGGCCAAGCCGCAACCCAACAUCGAAAUCGGCAACCUGGUCAUAAUACACGAAGAGAAUUUGCCUCAUAAAGAGUGGCUCACUGGUGGAGUAGUAGAUAUAAAAACUGGCGCCGACGGUAAGGUGCGAGUGGCGGACAUUAAAACAACGACGGGCAUUUAUCGGCGUGCCAUUCACAAGCUAGCGCUGCUUCCAAAUAACACUACUUGAAGACCGAUGGUCAGCACAGUAGUGUUUAUCACUUUCUAUGAAAUUUAAUUUGUUAAUGAAUUGUACUUUAAUUGAAUUUUGAUCCACACUAAAUAUGUGUGUACUUAUGUAUGUAUAUAAGUAUUUAUGCAUGCUUAUGCUUAAAGUUAUUGAAUUUGUAUUAGUUGAAUGUAUUGUAUCUAA